AAGGAUUUUGGCCCUUUCUCUCCUGUACUCCACGUCCCGAGACCAAAAUUUGUGUAUUUUCGACUUCGACCUUCACACCCACCGACCAGAUACCCCCAUAGACUAACCGGCAGUCAGACAAGAUGGGCAAGGGACUCAAGAAGCACCAGAAGCGCCUUAGCGCGCCUUCGCACUGGCUCCUGGACAAGUUGUCCGGAACCUACGCGCCCCGCCCCUCGGCUGGUCCUCACAAGCUCCGCGACUGCCUGCCGCUGAUCGUCUUCCUGCGCAACCGUCUCAAGUACGCGCUCAACUUCCGCGAGACCAGGUCCAUCCUGAUGCAGCGCCUCAUCAAGGUUGACGGCAAGGUCCGCACCGACAUCACCUACCCCGCCGGCUUCAUGGACGUCAUCACCAUCGAGAAGACGGGCGAGAACUUCCGUCUCAUCUACGACACCAAGGGCCGCUUCACCGUCCACCGGAUCCAGGCCGAGGAGGCCGAGUACAAGCUCGGCAAGGUCAAGCGCGUCCAGCUUGGCCGCGGUGGAAUCCCAUUCUUGGUCACGCACGAUGCGAGAACCAUCCGCUACCCUGACCCCCUCAUCAAGGUUAACGACACCGUCAAGAUCGACCUGAAGACUGGCAAGAUCCAGGACUUCAUCAAGUUCGACACUGGCUCCAUUGCCAUGGUCACCGGUGGUCGCAACAUGGGUCGUGUUGGUGUCAUCACUCACCGUGAGCGUCACGACGGAGGUUUCAACAUCGUCCACAUCAAGGACGCCAUUGAUAACACCUUCGCCACCCGCGAGUCCAACGUUUUCGUCAUCGGCUCUGAGAAGCCCUGGAUCUCCCUGCCCAAGAGCAAGGGUGUCAAGCUUACCAUCGCUGAGGAGCGUGACCGCCGCCGCGCCAACGCCCUCGCUGGCAACUAAGCUUUUCGUCUCUCUCGGAAAAGAAAGGAGUCGUAAGCGGAAGUCUGCUGCGUGUGUGUGAGGAUGCCGUUCUUGUCAAGAGGUUGACUGACGGGCCAUCCGAACCACAUUUUCGUGAUGUCUAUCCAGGACGAAAACGGUUAUUUGGGUCGGGCAAAAUGGGAUUGAGCAUGAUCAAAAGAAUUACGGAGUCUAGGGCUGAUUUUAGAGUUGUCGGCUUUGACUACCCCCGGCAGAUAGCUGUACUGCGGCCAAUACCAAGCCAUUGAAGGUCACUCUUCCGCCCAAUCUUGAGUUCCCAAAUAUCAUUCGCUUCUGUUUGAAAGUGACGUCCCUCCCCUCUAUGCGACUAGGUUAUGGAUGGAUCAUGUAUUUCGCGUCAGGUCUUGUCCCCCAAAUCGCCUCGAGCCCCGUGUGUCAUCGAAAGAGCCUUACAAGGUCACUACGGCAUCAACGAGCCUGCUCCAGCCACUCACCUUUUCCCAGCCUGCAUGGAAGGAUCCUUCGCCUAGCUAGCCAGCUAGCCAGGCCCGCCCAGGCCUCUGGAGAGAUGGCGCCCGAGGGCGCCAACAGCUCUAACCCCUUGGCUCUUUCCUUUCUAGAGAGAGGCCUCGCGUUGAUCUCUGCUCAAAAGCCCCCACGAAACCUGCCUUCCACACCACGCACGACAGGAAACGCGGCCGCCCACGUUGAUUCUCCAAGGGGGGGUUUUCUUGGUGAUUCUCGCGUCUCGCCCGGCGAGGUCAGAUGUUGUCAUGUAUUAAAAAUCAUCCAUGGGCUUGGAAACCCUCUCGGAUCUGCGGCGGCCAAGGCUCGCCCGUGGCUCUGGGACGAUGGGCAGCCGUGGUUUCGUAUUUUCCUGGGAAGGGCGGAUGGUGUCCUGAGCCGCCGACCUCACGCGGGGUCGUUUUUGUAGCAUGCAGCGGCCAACGUAGGCCGGCAAGUUGUAUCCCCAGACUGGGGGGUUGAGGACAGCAGCAAAGCGGUCGAAAAGUUUCGUUCCCGCCUAUACAAACACCCCAACAGGACAGUCAGAAUGCUUUCAAAGACCAACGUGAUAGGGCAACCGCUUGAAGUCACCCUCUUU